GUAGCGCCACCGCUGCCGGCAGUGCGUCUCUGCUGAAAUUCAGUCCAGAGCGAUCGAUAUUAUUCCAAACGGGCUGCUUGUCUCCACACACGGCCUCUAUUACAUAUAACAGUGUGUACAGUCGGCGCUGCAGCUCCGCGAGCUCCUGCGGGACAUGGCCGGUAGCAGCAAGACGAUCGGCUGCAUCGGCAAGUGCACGAGCGGUCUGAGUCUGGAGGAGCUCGACCGGCUCACCGACGACAUCCAGAGGACUCUCGCGCAUGCGCAGGGCCGGAAAAUCUUUCGGAAGUACCUCAGCCACGGGCGCAGGAAAACCGAUCUCGCCUGCCUCGACCUCUACGAACAGGUCGCCGAGUACAUCGACAAUGAACGCAGCUAUCGACUGAACACAAAGUCGCCGAGCGUCGAGCCGUUACUGGCGGACUUCAACUUGGCCCUGAGCGCAGCCGAGGAUCUGGACGACGUGUCCGAGAUCGACUUGGCGCUACUCGAGCGUUACACCCAAGCUGCGGAUAGCAGGUCGAGAGAGUCGAUGCUGGACGUCCUCGAGGAGACCAGGUCCAGGAUGACGAACCAUCUGAGACAGGCGCACAAAGGAUUUCGAGCUUACGCCAAACAGCCUUGCCCCCGAUCGUAAUAAAUCGGUUUAUAUAUGUAUAUGUGACCGUUAGUUACCCGCUGCCGCUGCACCAUUGACUUUUCGUUAUGUUAUAUACAUGGACAUGAGCUGCCUUGUAAAUAUAUAGUUUUUUUUUUUUUGUAAAUAUACGUAACAAUCAUAUGCAUCACUUUUUCCUGCGCUUGGACUGAAUCCUCGCUGUUAUAUGUAUUUAUACUUAUUUUUUAUGUACUUAUUAUGAUAUAAAAUAGCGUUGAAAUAUAUUUACACAAAAAUGAGUUUAUAAUA